AUUUAUGUAUAUAAGUUGAUAUUAAAAUUUCACAUAAUUUAAUUUUGCUGUUGCAAGGAAAUAAUUUUGCACAAAGACAUAUGUACAUACGUUAACAAUUACAUCUGUAUUAACAACCUUCAGUUCAAAAAGAGAAAUGAAUGCAGUCUUAAUCGGUCAAUGUUUAUGACUAAUACUUAAAUCGUGCAACCCUGCUCCAGCCUCCCAGGAUUCACAACAGAGGUCGCUAUCUCUUCUCCUUCUCAAAACCUAUCACCUAUCGAGUUCAUCCCAAGCCGUCCAUAAAACCACAGUACAGUUUGCAAGUCUUGCCGUCGGGAGUGCAAAACCAAGGCGGCUUCUGGAUUUUAUAAGCCCAAACGUAGGCCAUCGCCCACACCCUGAGAUCGAGAGGCUCAUGUUCCACCGACGGAGAUGACCGGGCUAUUGUUUGAGAUCCUUCGCAUGGAGCACUCCUAACCGUGCCCCUUGUAACGUCUCCAGCUCGUACAGGUUGUUUCCGAUUCCACGGACCACUCUGCACUUAAUAUACUUUGAGCCGAACUUGGCUUUAACGUUGUUCUUGAAGCUGCUUAACAUGAAAUUUCGCUUGUAUACUUCCUGUCCAGAUAAGUACCGAAUAUCUCGUGCUCCGAUCAUACUGCUUCUUUGAUCUCUCGUAGGCCAUAUGCGAGUUCUUGCGGACUUCCUUGCGGAUGAUCUCCUGCUGAUCGUGUCUCGCCAUCAGUAAUAUUUGCGCAUCGUUCAACGCUCCCAGUCUCCGCGCCAAUUUGUAGUCCCGCCCGCUGAUGAACAUAUGCUGUCUGAACAGUACGAAGUACAGUGACGUCCCGAUACUCGUAUGUAUGGUGCUUCUGGCCGCACACUAUAUCUCCGGCUGCUUCGCUGACAUACGUGCGGAUUGCUGCGAGGACAGUUUGAUUAACGCGUUCCGCCACGCUCGCCUGAGUGUGAACCGUUUCUGGAACGCCAAACUGAGGGAAGACCUCUUGCAGGAAUCGGAUCACGGCCGAUGAAGUGGCUUUGGACAAGGCCUUCAACCUGACAUACUUGGACAUGUGGUCGAGGACUAUUAGCAUGACCACAUUCUCACCUCGUGUCCUAGGAUGUGGACCCAGAAAGUCGAGGUACCACACCCUGCGACAUAUGCCUUCACCUACACAGCCAUCCGGGGCCAGUAAUAAUACUGCCACACCUCCGUGCAUUGCCACAUCGCUGUCGUGUGCCUGCUGGAUCAACGUCUUCGUCAGGUCCUCUGGAAUCCACAGUUUCCACUGGAACUCCUCCAGCUCUGGUCGGUUAAAUUGCGUGCGCCUAAGCAAUAAACCUCGUCCUCGAAGGCUGUGGUCUCGAACUCCAAGAAGUCUAUAGCUUCUACGUCGAACGAAAGAGACAGCAUAUCCGCGACGACGUUAUUCCCCUUUCGAUGCUCUAUUCCAAAGUCAUAAGCCUGCAGAGCUAGAGACCACUUCGCUAGCCUACCAUCCAGGGCUUUAAACCUCAUCAGCCACUGUAAGCUCGCGUGGUCUGUGAUCACCGUGAAUGGCAUCAGCUCCACAUAUGCCCGGAAUUUUUCUAUGGCUUUCACUGCUACCAAACACUCCUUCUCCGUCACGCUGUAGUUCAGCUGCG